CGCGCACGGGGCUCAUCGCUUGCCCGUAUCCGCCUUUUAGGAAUAAUCCAGUUUGAUUCUUUAGGCAAUAAUAACAACAACUUCCAGGUGUCAAAAUGAAAGUAUCCAACAUGGAUUGCCGGCGUCUGAGGAAGAUCAUCAGGAAAGAAUACGGGAGCUGCCUUAUAUUGGAUUGCCGACCUUAUUUCUCAUUCACGGACUCCAACAUCAAAGGCUCUGUCAAUGUCAAUCUCAACUCAGUGGUGGUCCGGAGGUCUCGAGGUGGACCGGUACCACUGCAGUUUGUCAUCCCAGAUGAGAGAGCCCUGCUGAGGCUUCGAGAGGGGAGCAUAUCGGCGAUCGUAGUUCUGGAUGACCGGACGUCCCACUGGCAAAAACUGAAAAAAGACAGUGUAGCACAAAUAGUAAUAAACACCCUCUCACAUCUUGCGAGCGGGACAAACGUCUGUUUCCUGAAAGGAGGAUACGAGAACUUCCACUCUCAAUAUCCUGAACUUUGCACUGAGGUGAAAACCAUCGACCAGAGCGGAACUGAAACCGAGAAAAGAGUCAACAGCCACAGCGAGAAGCUCUCUCACCACAAACCAGAUUAUGAUCAGGGUAAACCUGUAGAGAUCCUGCCUUUCCUCUACCUCGGUAGUGCCUACCACGCCUCCAGACAGGACUAUCUCAGCGACCUUCACAUCACGGCCUUGCUCAAUGUGUCGCGCAGGGACCAGCAGCCGGCCAAGGGCCACUACGACUACAAGUGGAUCCCAGUGGAGGACAGUCACAUGGCCGACAUCAGCUCUCACUUCCAGGAGGCCAUAGAAUUUAUUGAUCACGUGAAGCAAUCAGGGGGAAAGGUCCUUGUCCACUGUGAAGCAGGCAUCUCACGCUCCCCUACCAUCUGCAUGGCGUACAUCAUGAGGACCCAGCAGCUGAGACUAGAUGCUGCCUUCGACAUCAUCAAGCAGCGCCGGGCAGUCAUCUCACCCAACUUCAGUUUCAUGGGUCAGCUGCUGCAGUUUGAGUCAGAGGUCCUCUCCACAGCCCCGGUGUAUGCUGCCACACCAGAACCAGCCACGCCCUGCGCCCCAGAAUCUGCCUCCUUCUUUGCCAACGACUUCACCACCACCUUCAACACCAAAAACUUUGAGCCAUCCGUGUUCACCCUCCCUACCUCUUGCCUGCAGUCCCCGGUCCACCACCAGUUCAAACUGAGCCCAAUAACUGCACUGCCUUAAAAUGAACUGUGACUGCUUGUAGUCUUCCUUGAAAAAAUAAAAAUAAAAAUAGUGCUCUCUGUGUGACUGGUGUUGAAGCCAGCAGAGCCGAUAGACUGGAGAUCAGCAACAGAAGAGUUGUAGUAUUAAUUUCAUGAGACUUUCGGAUCAGUGAAAUCCGUGGGCCUCAUAUUGAUGCUGUUUUCCUGUCGUCUGAACUGCAGUGAUGAAACAACAUAGCACAGUGAUAAACUGCAAUAUACAUGCCUUAGGUUGAUAUUGUGAUUUAUUUGCCUAUUCACAAAUACAGUCAGGCAUUUAAACCUAAUUUAUUUGAAAAUUACAGUCUGUCUGAUUUUUUCAAUAAUGUGGAUGUUAAUAUGUGUUUAAUAAAUGU